AUGGAAUCCACUCGUUCCACGCGCAUUCUCGCUGAAUUGAUCCUCUCUAAUUUAGCUGUGGAGUGUGAAAAAGAAAGCAUUUGUAUUCCCCUGAUGGUCCUGAUAGUCGCGGCGUUGGGGAAAAAGUUUCACGAGCUUCCUCGGCUUUUGCUCACAGAAUUGAUCAGGAAAUAUGAUUCUUCAUCCCAUAUUUUGUAUAUAACAAAUGUGGCCUUCGAUGAAAUCGAUGUUCAUUUCGCUACAUAUAUUGAAUAUAGAAAGAUUCGUGAUGCAUUUUCUGAAAGAAAAUUGGCAUUAUCCGCGGAAGUCGCACCUUCUCAAAACCGUUCCGAAGGACUCAUACUCCCUCCCACGGAAGCUAACAAUUCAGGCAAGGCCGCUGGUCAGAAACUUAUUUUAGUGGCUUCUUUUCAUGGUAGGGAAAUCGAUUUCCCAGCACUGAGGAGCACCUGCGAAAAGUUUGGAUUUAUUUCUCUGGUUGUAGCCGAGGAAUCACAUUUAAAGGAGACUAGUUCUGGCAAUUUAAGCAUCGUCAAAGUAAAGUCCGAAAACCUCGUGGAAUUCAUUCUGGCUAAGCAGGCCGAAGGUUAUAAAACGGUUAGUUCUAAAGGAUCUGCUGGCAUACCCAAAUUCGACCAUUUCGAGUUUCCAAAGAAGUGUAUACUGGUGUUGGGGCAUGAAAAGCAGGGAAUACCUAUUAAGGUGACGGCAGUGCUAGAUUAUGUCGUGGAGAUUCCACAAUUCGUCUCUCUGGAUACAAAUUUUGGAGCAUCACUGCUUAUUUGGGAGUUUUUCAAACAACAUUGUGCCUAG